UAUACCCUAAAAUCCCUAUAUCUCUCCCCUAAGAAGCAUUUGUUAGGUAAACAAAAGAUGUCCGGUGUUUGGGUUUUCAAGAACGGUGUGGUUCGUUUAGUCGAGAACCCUGGUGCUGAGCCGUUGGACGGUAACCGACAGGGUUCGAGCAGUAGUGCCCGUCGCAAGGUGCUCGUGCAUGUUCCCACCAACGAAGUGAUCACUUCCUACGAGGAUCUCGAACUUAAGUUGUUGUCACUCGGUUGGGAGAGGUACUAUGACGACCCUGAUCUCCUUCAGUUCCAUAAACGAUCCACUGUUCAUUUGAUCUCUCUUCCCAAGGAUUUUAACAGAUUCAAGUCCAUUCACAUGUACGACAUCGUCGUUAAAAACCGGAACAUGUUCGAAGUUAGGGAUAUGUAAAACCUAGUGUUGCGCUGGCUGCAGCAUGCACUGUCCUCCUUUGUUUUUUUUACCAUUAUGGAAUAUGAUUUAUGUUUGUGUGUAUUUAUAUAUACAUAUGAUUGCCGUCACCUUUGAAUUUUUAAAAUAACGAUUGCAGCAUCAUGUUACGGAUGCGAUCUUAAGAAGUUGUGGUGGGUUUGAGCUAUUAGGAUUUAAGAAAUUAGAGUGAUUAUUUUGCUUUUGUCAUCCUUGUAAUAAGAA